AUGACUAUGGCGGUCGGAUUCUUGUCGCUUCCUACAGAGCUCAUAUGUCACAUUCUAAUCCUCCUUAACCCCAGGGAUAUUAGUCGCUGUGCACUGGGCUUGACUAGUACUGGGACCGCUACCAUGAAUCCGACCGGCGUUUCCAAAAAGACUCUGUGUUCGCUCAAGAAAUUAGCAUCUUUGUGGCGAUCCGAUUUCCAUGCAUCCACCACCUUUGAAACAGUGGUCACUACUGUUGCCAAAUGGGAACGCAUGUUACCGAUCCAAGAUGUGAAAUGUGGGCUUUGGUGGUUACACUCGCUGGAAGAAUACAAAUUCUACAUUCAGGGUUGUGGCACGAAUCCUACACUCUCCCGGACAUGGUCUAUCGGUGAUACCGAGGGCUUUUUUACCUUCGACCCUCUGCAGGAUCUUAUGGUUGUGUGUUCUGAACCUGAUGAUGAUGUCACUGUGACCGAUGCAACACAAGAUUACCAUUGUCCACAUCCAAGUGCUGCGUGCACUUCCUUGGAGUGCAAGCAUACCUUUGACUCGGAUGCACCUGGCUAUUACCGUGCUGUUUUGUCACCGCCUGUAAUCUACGGUGAUCACGUAUUUGUCUUCUAUGACAUAGAGGACACGGGUGAUCGCCGCCAUCCUAAGUCUGUGUUCGGCAUGUUCAUACAAGUGAUCAAUUGGAGGAAGGGAUACGUGAAUAGGCAUAAGCAGCAUUUUUUAUGUCAACUGGAUUUCUGCGAGUUAGAUCUCUUCUAUCCAGUGGAUGAACAGAAGUUUGUCAUCAUUGGCCCAGAAUCGAUAUACUUGUACACGUUACAAGGGCUCGAUGGGCCGCCUCAGUGCCGAAUCAUAUAUCACCUUCCCAAUGUCCUCCAUCUAUCAUUAAACGACUCGGAAAUCAUUGUUCAUGGCCACCCGUCACUGCAUGGCAAAGCAGCACACCCAGGACUCAUGCCGAGCUAUGUACCCUCCCUGGAGUCGCAGAUUAUGGUUGUAGAGUUUCUUCCCAAAGCGGGGAAAGACGCUAUCCUAGUCAUCGAUAUGGCCAUCUUCUCUGACACGGCCCUGCGCUCAGAUAUGCUCGUCGACAUUCCCUGGUCAGAUUGGGGACCUCAGUAUGCGUACUACUUUCCGCACCACGAAAGCUACGAUAUCAGCGUGUUUGGCAGCAAAAUGGCCUAUGCUCUUCCCCAAGAUCAUAUUCGUGAUCCUGGUCAAACACUGGAAGGACUCUCCAGUGAGGGUUACUUCUAUGUGCAUAUCUGGGACUUCAAUAAGCGAGUCAUUGCUCGUUCGGAAAGUGUCAACGAUCCUGACUCACCGGAUCUUCGUAUUUGCAAGUCGGGUCAGAUGAUUGACUCCUUUGGUGAAGACAUCUUCUCGAAUGCAUACAUCGCAACGGUCUGUUGUACGCCAUUUCCGACAGCUGGCUCCAGGAUAUUCUUGGAACAGGAUCGGCUUACUGUGACAUGGGCUCGGCAUGAUGAGAUUAGUAUUCGGGUCAUUUCCCCCACUCAGACGGAGGUUGACCCGGACCUUACAGAAUAG